ACGGGACCAGUUGAAUGUGUCAAAUUUUACCGAAAUCAAGAGAGAGAACACAUUGGCUUAACAUUUCCCCACGACAUAUAUUCUAUAGAUUUGGCCACUGCAUGAAACCGAUGUGUGGUCGUCGUUACGUCGUCAGUUAUGGAUACCAUAUUGGACAAUAUCACCUCGGACAAACUUUUCCCCAAUUCCAACCUGUUGGACCUGGAAGAUUUGAAUGAAACGGAUUUCCUCAGCAAUGUGCACUUCACAGAGCAGAUGGAGGACUUCUCCAACGAUCUCUUCAGUAGUUUCUUUGACGACCACCUGCUGGCAGAGAGGAACCCUCUGCUGGAUAUGGAGCUGGACCCCCCCAACCCCGCCAUCCAGGCCGAGCACAGCUACUCGCUCAGCGGGGACUCGGCUCCGCAGAGCCCCUCCAUGUCCAUCAAGAUGGAUGACGAAGAAGAGUCCAGAGGCAUGUGGACCUUCAAUCAGGACCUGACGGCUAUUUUGGUGAAGCAGGAGCCCAGUCUUCUAUCAGAGUCCUCCUCCGCUAUCCCAGCCUCCCCAGUGGCCAGUGCUGCUCCCCAGCCCUUCAACCUCGCCCCUCCACCCCAGAGAAAAACCCCAGAGGAUAAGGAAUCCAAAGAGGUAAAAGUGCCCACAAUCAAAGUGGAACCCCAUGAGGCCAACCAGUUCUUCAGCGUCUCAGCAGACGAACCCCUGCAGCUGCCCCCCACCCCGCCCAGCAGCCACGGCAGUGACAGCGACGGCUCCCAGAGUCCCCACUCCCUGCCCCCCUCCAGCCCUGCACGCCUGCAGGCCCGCGCCUCUGCAGCCAUCUCCACCUCGCCACUCCUCACCGCACCUCACAAACUGCAGGGCACCUCUGGCCCACUCCUGCUAACCGAGGAAGAGAAACGCACCCUGAUUGCAGAGGGAUACCCAGUGCCCAACAAACUGCCCCUUACAAAGACCGAAGAGAAGGCUCUGAAGAGGGUCCGUCGCAAAAUAAAAAACAAGAUUUCAGCCCAGGAAAGCCGCAGAAAGAAGAAAGAAUAUGUGGAGUGCCUUGAGAAAAAGGUGGAGACGUACACUUCAGAGAACAAUGAGCUGUGGAAGAAAGUGGAGACCCUGGAGACUGCAAACAGAUCUCUUCUUCAGCAGCUUCAGAAGCUCCAGGCUCUCGUCUCGGGAAAAGUCCCUCGCUCCUGCCGGAUAGCCUCCACACAAACGGGGACCUGUCUAAUGGUGGUGGCGCUAUGCUUUGUCCUUGUGCUGGGUUCACUGGUGCCCUGUCUGCCCGAGCUCUCCUCCACCAAGUCGCACAUGGUGAGGUCUGCGCCCCUGCCCUCGGCUGAGGUCUACACCACCAGCCAGGUCCGCUCCCGCAGCCUCCUCUUCUUCGACGAGAGCGCUGCGCUGGAGGACGGCGAUGGCAGCUUCCUGAGGGUGGAGGCGGGGGACGGGUGGGAAGGGGUGCCGCUCGACUACACUGUGGACCAUCAGCAGCCCAAACAGCAGCAGCAGCAG